GGUGAUUAAGAACACCAACUCGAAAGUGAAAAUAAAAGUGUUCCUGGUAGUGUGUUCGACCGCAUGAUCAGUGGGUAAUGCGGGGAGGUUGAAAUGAACAGCGACUGGCGUCCAGUGAAUUUUUGGGCAAUGCUGUUCCAGAUGAUGUUCUUUGCCGUUGGAGUGCUCUUUCAGGUCAUACUGUGCCUUGGUGGCCAUGAAAAUGAAGACUUUCCCACAGCCACGAAUGGUCAGGUGUUUCCAUGGAACAAGAUGAGGCUCCCUGACAGCAUCAUUCCAGUCCACUACAACCUAUAUAUACACCCAAAUUUGACCACUUCAAACUUCACUGGAUUAGCUAAGAUCCAGGUUCAUGUCAGACAGGAAACCAGCGUCAUCAUCCUCCAUGCCAAGCACCUGGAGAUCAGCAGGGCAACGAUUGCAUUAACCGAAUAUGGAGCUUCUCACCCAGAAAGCAUUUUGAACAUUUUAGAAUAUCCACCUUUUGAGCAAAUAGCACUAGAGAAUGCCAAGCCUCUCUAUAAUGGAGAAACUUACAUGGUUAACAUCUAUUAUACGGCCAAUCUAUCUGAUGGCUUCUAUGGCUUUUAUAAAAGUAGUUACCAAACACCAGAAGGGGAAAAAAGAAUCCUCGCUUCAACCCAUUUUGAACCCACCUCGGCACGGAUGGCCUUUCCAUGUUUUGAUGAACCGUCUUUUAAAGCCAAUUUCUCAAUCAAGAUAAAAAGAGAAAAACAACAUAUUUCACUGUCCAACAUGCCCAUUGUUAAAUCUGUGCCGACAGCAGGAGGACUUUUUGAAGACCACUUUGACGUGAGUGUGAGGAUGAGCACCUAUUUGGUGGCGUUCAUUGUCUGCGAUUUUAAAUCCGUCAGUGCAGUAACAUCAACAGGAAUUAAGGUUUCUAUUUAUGCUACUCCAGAUAAAUGGAAUCAAACACAUUAUGCUCUGGAAGCAGCAGUGAAACUAUUGGAAUUUUAUGAAAAUUACUUCAAUAUCAACUACCCACUCCCAAAGCAGGAUCUAGUUGCAAUCCCUGACUUUGAGUCGGGAGCCAUGGAAAAUUGGGGAUUAACCACUUACCGUGAGACCUCUCUACUCUAUCAUCCGGGAACAUCUUCCGCAUCAGAUAAACUGUGGAUUACCAUGGUGAUAGGUCAUGAACUGGCUCAUCAGUGGUUUGGUAAUUUAGUGACAAUGGAAUGGUGGAAUGACAUUUGGCUGAAUGAAGGCUUUGCCAGGUACAUGGAGUUUGUGUCUGUCGAUGCCACUUACCCUGAUUUUCAAGUUGGUGACCAUUUUUUGGGCACAUGUUUUGCAGCAAUGGGAAGAGAUGCAAUGAAUUCCUCGCGUCCCAUAUCUACAUCAGCAGAAAAUCCUACUCAGAUAAAGGAAAUGUUUGAUACCGUUUCCUAUGACAAGGGAGCUUGCAUUCUGCACAUGUUGAGAAAUUUUUUGACUGAUGAAGUUUUCCAAAGUGGGCUGGUUCGUUAUCUACGGAAAUUCAGUUACGGGAAUACCAAGAAUGAAGAUCUGUGGGACAGCAUGGCCAAUACUUGUACAAAGGAAGACUUUACUUCAGGUGAUUUCUGUUACAGUGGUUCGCAAGCUGCAAAAAGUGCUUACCGCUUUGCAGGUGAACACCUAGACAUCAAGGAGAUUAUGAACACUUGGACACUUCAGAAGGGAAUACCAGUGAUAAUUGUUGAACAUAAUGGCACUUCAGUUAGAUUACAGCAAGAGCGCUUUCUUAAGGGAAUUCUCCCAGAGGACCCUUCAUGGGCUUCGCUACAAUCCGGCUACCUCUGGCAUGUACCACUAACUUAUAUCACAAGCAAUUCUAAAACAAUUGGUAAACAUCUUCUGAAAACUAAAUCUGAUCACAUUGAACUAGAUGGAGAAGCUCAAUGGGUAAAAUUUAAUGUGGACAUGAAUGGCUAUUACAUUGUACAUUACACGAGAGGUGGAUGGGAUGCCUUGAUUAAUCUGCUCGAUCAGAACCACACACUUCUGAGCCAGAAGGACCGAGCAAAUCUGAUUCAUAAUGCUUUCCAACUUGUCAGUGCAGGAAAACUAUCACUUGAUCGUGCUCUUGACUUGACCCGCUACCUCCGACAUGAGAAUAAAAGCAUCCCAGUAUUACAGGGUCUGGGUUACCUGGAGGUAUUUUACAGAAUGGCUGUGAGGAGAAAUAUCACUGAUGUUGCCACCAAUCUAAAGAAUUAUAUUCUGCAGUUUUUCAAGCAUCUAAUUGACAGACAGACAUGGAGCGAUGAAGGCACUUUGUCAGAUCGGCUGCUACGGUCCAAUCUCCUGGAACUUGUCUGCGACCUCGAUUACCUUCCUUGUGUUCAGAAGGCAUUGGCUUAUUUUAAUCAGUGGAGGAUGUCCAAUGGUACCCUGAAUUUGCCAACAGAUGUCCUGGAGAUCGUAUACUCUGUGGGUGCCCAGAGCAGUGAUGGAUGGGACUACCUUCUAACGAAGUACAUGCAGUCGGUUUCGGGGGCUGAAAAGAAUAAAAUUGUGUCUGCUUUGGCAAGCACCAGAAAUCCAGAAAAACUAGCACGGCUGAUGGAACUCAGUUUGCAAGGGGAUAUCAUCAAGUUACAGAAUCUAGCCCACGUUGUUGUGGCAGUGAGCAGGAACCCAUAUGGACAUCUCCUUGCCUGGAACUUUGUGAAAAAAAAUUGGAGCACAUUGAUGGAGAAAUUUCAGCUUGGUUCAACCACUAUUCGAUGGCUGAUAAUUGGAACAUCAUCUCAGUUUUCAUCAAAGGAAGAAUUGGAAGAGGUGGAGAUGUUUUUUGAUUCUAUCAAGGAGCAGAGUUCCCAGCUGAGAUGCACCCAGAUUGCACAUGAAAAUAUUCAGAAGAACAUAAGGUGGCUGGAGAGAAAUCUGGAUUUACUCAGGAGCUGGUUGCAGAAUAUAAUUAUAGAACGUGGAACAUAGAACAGUGGAACAGAGUAACAGGCCUUUGGGCCCACAAUGUCUGUGCUGAACAUGUGGUCAGUUUCAACUAAUCUCCUCUGUCCUGUAUUCCAUUCCCUGCAAACCCAUUGUCUAUCUAAAAGCUUCUUAAAUGCCACUAUUGUAUCUGCUACCACCACCAAUCCUUGCAGUAUGUUCCAAGCACCUUCCACACUCAGAGCUGUAAAAAACUCCUUUAAAAAUGUUGCCCCCGUUACCUUGAACGAACAAAUAAAUGAUACAUUAUUGUCACAUGCACCUAGGGUACCUCGGUUCAGUGAAAAGCGUUGUUUUGCAUACAACCUCGGCAGUACACAAGUAUGGCCAUGUGUUGGUGCCGAAAAAGUUAGAAAAGUACCGAGCAGUCCCAUCUACUGCCUGCCACUGCACUUGGCAGCAGCCCCGCCAGUUCCCCCUUCGCCUUAAAGCUAUGCCCACUAUCCUUUGAUAUUACCACCCUGGGGGAGAAAGGUUCUGACUGUCUACCCUAUCAAUGCCUACAUAUUUUAUAUACUUCUAUCAGGUCUCCUCUCAGCCUCUGAGAAACCAGGCAAAAUAAUAUAAAUUUGUCCAACCUCUCCUCAUAGUGAGUACCUUCUAAUUCAGUCAACAUCGUGGCCUUCUGCACCCACUUAAAAGCCUCCAAAACCUUUAUGUAAUGGGGUGACUUCAACUACACACAAUACAACGUACAGCCUUACCAGUCCUGUAAAGCUGCCAAACUGACUCCCUGAUACGUAAACUCAAUGCCAUGACUGAAGUAGAUAAGAUAUGUCUUUACCACUAUUUCUACUUGCCAUUUCCAUGGUGCUAUGGGGUUGGACUCCAAGGAGCUUCUGUACAUCAAAGCUGUUAAGGGUCUUGCAAUUUCCAGUAAAUCUUCACCCUGCAUUCGAUCUCCCAAAGUGCUUGGAUUAAACUCCACCUGCCAUUUCGUCACCCAUUUUCUGAGCUGAUCUAUAUCCCGCAUUUUACGUUGAUAGCCUUUCUCACUGUCUGCAACUCCAGCAAUUUUGGUGUCAACUGCAAACUUACUAAGCACUCCCAUAGCUAUGUAGACUACACUUCUUCCCACCCUGCUUCCUGUAAAGACUCUAUCCCCUACUCCCAAUUCCUUCGUCCAUGCCGCAUCCGCGCCCAGGAUGAGGUUUCCAGACCAGGUCAUCGGAGAUGUCCUCAUUCUUUAGGGAACGGGUGUUCCCCUCUUCCAUUAUAGAUGAGGCUCUCACUAGGGUUUCCUCGAUAUCCCGCAACUCCGCUCUUGCUCCCCCCUCCCCCCAUUUGUAACAAGGACAGCCCCCCUUGUCCUCACCUUCCACCCAAUCAGCCGUCUCAUUCAGCAUAUAAUCCAACAUUUUCGCCACCUCCAACGGGAUCUCACAACUGGCCACAUCUUUCCAUCUCCACCUCUUUCUGCUUUCCGUAGAGACCAUUCCCUCCGCAACUCCCUGGUCAACUCGUCCCUUCCCACCCAAACCACCCCCUCCCCAG